AGUGGACCUGUAGUGUUGUGCGACGGUAACGGGCGACUGGAGACGGAGAAAAAUAUCAUUAGAAAUUUGUAAUUAAAUAAUAAAAAGGACAAGAUGUCUCGUCGUCUGCCAAGGCGCACGCGCGUUUACGACUGCAAUUACGACAAAGGCGAAAGUUACUACAGGCCAGCACUCGACAGGCUGGACAAAAAAUCCGGCAGACUGGACAAGCCUUUUGAAGAGCGCGCCUCAUCCCUCACCAAUGCUGCCGAUGACGUUUUCAAACGUCGCGCGGCCGCUUUCGAUGACAUGGACUUCCCUAGCCGCCGAUCUGGCAACACCGCCAGGGAAGCCUUCGACGAAGCUGUCGAUAAGGCUUUCGACUACAAAGGCGGUUUGGUGUCCAGAGGACUCCGCAGACCAUUAAGUGUCUCUUUCGAUACUGACCCAGAUUUCGCUGACGAGGUCAAUUCAUCUUUGAGCAAAAUGCGUUUGGCAAAGAAAAAAAUUGGUUUCGAAGACGAUGAACCCGUUUUGAGGCCACGCACUCGAUUUACAGACUUAGAAGAUGGUGUCGAUUCUUCGGCCACAUCCUCUUCCAUGGUUGCCAGGAAGCGCGUCUUGAAGAUCUCCUCUUCGGUUGAGAACAGUAGCGACGUUGCCACAUCAGCUGGAGAAUUGAGAAGUGGCGCCAAAUGGACAGCUCUGCGCGCCUCUGAUGACGAAGGUGGCGCCGCCGCCCUUCGCGCAAAACAAUCGCGAGCCCUCCUGGCCGACAUCGAAAGCGACCUGGCCCAAGCCGCCGAAAGGCAGGUGCACCGCGAGAAGCGCCUUGCGGGGCUCCGAAAGAUGAUGGCGGAGAAUCGCGAAGAGGACGCCGAAUACGAGCGAUUAAUGCAGAGGGGCGAGAAGGUGCGCAGCGAAAUGGUCACGGAGGAUAGAAAGAUGCUGGCGUUUUAAGGAAAGAGAGGGAUGGAGUAUGAGAGGGAGAAAAGGAAGGGUGGGGGAGAAAGAGAGAGGGUUAAGGAGGGAUAGAGGAAUGAAGUUGAGAAAGUGAGGGAACAACGGGAUGUGAGGGAAAGAGAUGUAGAGUUAGUUAAGACGUAGAAGAGAGAGAUGGAUAAUUAACAACUAGAUGAAAGAUAAAGAGAGAAAUGGAUAGUUAGAAAAAGAGAAGAAUAGGGAAGAUUAUAAAAUGAAGUAGAUUAUUUUUUUUUAAGGAGUUUCAUACAAUUUUGAAUGUUUGGGCCUAUUUUUGGAUACACAACUUACAGCAAAGUUGAUGUCAAAAUAUUAUGAAAAGUAAAACAGCAACAAGGAAAUAACAUAGCAAAAUAAAAUAAGUGUACUGGAAAUAGGUAAUCUUUAAUAUAUCCUUAUUUUAGACUUGUUAUGUUUCCACGAGAGACUA